CAACGAGACGAGGGACUGACUCGUUGGCGGUCUUGUUGAGAGAGCGAGAGGGAGAGCGGGAGAGCGGGGAGAGAGUGAGAGAGGCAGUAUGGGGAGCUCCAACGCAGGCGGCCGGAGGGACAGCUCCAGUGACGACGAGGGCGUCGGCGAGGAGAGCGAUGGCUCGGGUUCUCCCGUCUUCUCUGAGGGAGAGAAGGUUCUGGCCUACCACGGCCCCCGCAUAUACGAGGCCAAGGUUCAAAAGGCAGAGAUUCGGAAGAAGGAAUGGAAGUAUUUUGUCCAUUACCAUGGUUGGAACAAAAACUGGGAUGAAUGGGUUAGUGCUGAUCGACUGAUGAAGUUUAAUGAUGAGAACGUUCGCAAGCAGCGAACACUGUUGAAAAAGCAGGGUGUUGAUAACCCUAAGACAGGUCGCACAACACAUCCAAAGCCUAAGAUUUCAAUAGGUGCUAAGGCUGAGAAAGAGGAUCCAAGGAACCAUGCAGCAAAAGGGAAGAAAAGGAAAAGCAUUUCUGCUGUUGAGGGAAAGGAGACUGGAAUACCUGAAAAGCUUGUGAAGAUUCAAUUUCCUUCCACUUUGCAGAAGCAGUUGGUUGAUGAUUGGAAGUUUGUCACACAGCUGGGUAAGCUUGUUAAACUUCCUCGCGUGCCAAAUGUGGAUGACAUUUUGAAAAUCUAUCUUGAGCACCAGACAAAGAAAGAUGGCAUGAUUGCUGAAUCAGUUGGGGAAAUAUUAAGUGGUCUACGGUGUUACUUUGAUAAAGCAUUGCCAGUGAUGCUCUUAUACAAGCAAGAAAGACAGCAAUAUCAAGAGGCAAUUUCCGAGGACAGUAACAUCUCUCCUUCAACAAUAUAUGGAGCUGAACAUUUGCUGCGUCUCUUUGUGAAGCUGCCUGAACUAUUGGCAUAUGUUAACAUGGACGAGGAGACAAUGGCACAGUUACAGAAAAAGUUGCUUGAAUUCCUCAAGUUUCUGCAGAAGAAGCAGAGCACCUUUUUUGUUUCUACUUAUGAUGGCCCUAGAUAUCUUGGAGAUGCUGAGAACAAGGAGCAAAACACCUCAUCAUGAUGUGUCUAACGUACCACAACCAUGUUGAUCAGACUUCCAAGGCUGCAGGUCGAAGGCAAGUGCCAACGGACAACUGCUGGAAGAUAGAGUUCAGUUCGCUUUUGCUCUUUCCAAGUAUGCUGCGCCCCCUGCACCGGGAAUGUAAUUUCUUACUUUGUAACACUAGACUUCAUAUCUACUCUAUACCUUUCAUUCUUCAAGGGAUGGCUAUGCCGCAAAUGUAAACUAUCAUAGUGCCAAUGUAUCAUCAAUAGGGAGCAUUUCAGUGAUUAUUGUACACCGUAUUUUUUUGGGUCUC